AGUGUCAUCACUAACCACAACAAAUUAUAAAGUGGAAAAAUAUAAAGUUAAAAAAAUGCCUCCAGCGGAUAAUAAUGACAUUAAAAUCAUGAACCGAUCCAUUGUUUGUGAAGACAGUACGCUACGUGGUGACAUCACCAUAUCGCAAGGAUGUGUCAUACACCCAAGUGCGUCCAUUCUGGCCGAGGCAGGUCCUAUAAUAUUGGGAGAAAAUUGUAUAGUGGAAGAAUAUGCAACAAUAGCCUAUCGCUUAACUGAUGAGCAGAAACGCUUGAAAGAAGCUGGAAAUCUAGAACCUCUUCCACCACUGGUCAUUGGUUCCAAUAAUGUUUUUGAAGUUGGCUGUGUUGUGGAAGCUCAGAAAAUAGGCGAUAAAAAUGUAUUCGAAUGCAAAAGUUACGUCGGACCAGAAAUUACUGUCGGCAAUGGAUGUAUUGUGGGUGCGGCUGUUCGUUUAAAAUGCAAGCAACAAUUAGCGGAGAGCACAGUAAUAUAUGGACGUGACUGUUCACAACGAGAGGCAAUUGAUAAAUAUGCAUAUCAAACGCUACAAAUCGAUUUCCUUCGAAAAGUAUUGCCGAAUUACCAUCAUUUGCGCAAACCAAAUCAAGAUACCAAAAAGGCUCGCUCAGUGGUUUAACGACAUAAUUGUUUUCUACAUAUAUUUAUGAAAUUAUUUAUACGCUAGUUAAUAAAAAUUUCCUAGUUUUCUUAUGUUGCUGGAA